GAAAGGUUAGUCUGUUCCAGCAAAUCGCAGUGCUUGUUCCUUUCCGUGUUGGCUGGAAGUUUUGUUUUACCAUAAUGGCAACCGUCGUAGAAGUAUUUCUGUUUGAUUUGUGAAAAUGUCAGUGAAUUUAGUUUGAUCGUAGGAAUAUUCUUGUGUCAGAGGAACCAUAGGUUCCACCUGAACUAAUCUGCAAUCAUUGGCGUGCUAGUGUGAUAUUAGAUAAUGGGAAAGCAGAACAGUAAACUCAAGCCAGAAGUACUUGAAGAUCUUAGGCAAAACACAGAGUUUUCAGAUGCUGAGAUACAAGAGUGGUAUAAAGGUUUCUUGAAAGACUGCCCCAGUGGCCACCUCAGUGUGGACGAGUUCAAGAAAAUAUAUGGAAACUUCUUUCCCUACGGCGACGCUUCUAAGUUUGCCGAACAUGUGUUCCGGACGUUCGAUGCCAACGGAGACGGUACCAUCGACUUCCGGGAGUUCCUGUGUGCAUUGUCCGUGACCUCCCGUGGCAAACUGGAGCAGAAGCUCAAGUGGGCCUUCAGUAUGUACGACCUGGACGGCAACGGCUACAUCUCACGACAAGAGAUGCUCGAGAUCGUUACCGCAAUUUACAAGAUGGUGGGUUCAGUCAUGAAAAUGCCCGAAGACGAAUCCACCCCAGAGAAGAGAACGGACAAGAUUUUCCGACAAAUGGACAAGAACCAGGACGGAAAGUUGUCUCUGGAAGAGUUCAUAGAAGGAGCCAAAAGCGACCCAUCCAUCGUUAGGUUGCUACAGUGCGACCCUCAGGCCCAAUAAUCAACAUUAUCAUAUUAAUACAAACGUACAAAUUAAUUUAUUAAACUAAAUAGUUUGUUCGACUUAAAUUGAAAAGCACGAUCGGUUACAAUCACAUUGGAUCGGUUCCGAAGAUAAGAAAAACGUCAAAGACGAGAGAAUCUGCAUUUCAAGAGCAAUCUCAUGUGAAAUUUCUCACUUAAAAAUGUUUUUAUGUAAAUUUGUAAAAUAAAGUAAAAAUAUUUUUUUCUAAGUAGUGGAGAAUAGUUUGGUGGUCAUAUCUCAGUCUUCCUCAGAAGGACGUCGGGAUGUAAUGUGGUUGUAGCGUAGCUUCGCUCAUAUCAGGAUAGACUUUCCACGAUUCGUGCGCAUUUUGUCAGUUUUGUGUUAUUAAUUGUAUAAUAUCCGAUUUCGUUUGUUGUUUUGAGUGCUAUGUACAUUGUUUAGAGUUAAUGUAGUGCUAUUUUUUAAUGAAGAUAUCCUAUGAGUUAGAGUUUUGUAACGAGGGUGUUACGUCAAUUACAGUUCAAGUUGACUGUUUGUAUCUAGACUCGUUCGUGCCCGGGUGCUAUCACGUUUGUUUCAGUGCUUCAGCAAAUCAGUUAAAUUGGUGUUUCUAUUAACUAAGAGUAUUUCAUAGGCUUUUCAUUGUAGUUUAGAUCUGUUGUCGAGGGAGAUUUAUUUUCUGUUAUACAUUAUUUAAUAGUGUUUUUGUUUUAAAAUGUUCUUAUAUUUACUAAUCCAAAUAAUUAUACUUUUGUAAUUUCUUUUUUUAGUAUUAUUUAUGGUGAAAUUGAGAGUUUUGGAAUAAUAGAUAUGAAAUAAGAUAAGUUUGAUUGAAAUGUGUUUCCGUAUGAGAUUGAAGUGACCUUAUUUAAUUCUAACUUUGUAAUGAGCCACCACACUGGGUUAGUCCAUUUUCUAGUCACGUUGCACUUCAAUGUUUAUCGUAAGCUCUGAAAUACUCUUCAGUUAGCGCUGGCCAUAUCAAAUACUUUCCGUAAUUCUAUCUCGUUGUUGAUUGUUAAAGGUGUUAUCUGUUCUAGAACCACUUAUUAACCGUUUUCUACUUCGACACUCGGUGUCUGCAUGUUGAUAUCUUGUAUAUGAUCCGAUCUUCGUCUAGACUAGAACUCUCCAAACGGUUUGUAGCACUGGUCACGUCUUCACGGAUUGUAACAUAAUGUAAAUAGGCUUGUUCAUGUUCACUUGAAAAAUGUGAUAAAUUAAAAAUUAAUAGCAGAUUUGAAAUAAUUAUUAACAUUGUUAAAUGUUAGCGCAAAAUAUUUAUUUUGUAAAUGGUACCGAGUCCAUUGAUUUUUGAAGUUAAGUAAGCCUUAUUGUUGAUCCCGAGGUUUUCUAUUUUAAAGUAGUUUUAGGUUUUCUCACUGUCAUCUUUCACCUACCCAACAUUUUUUAUACUUUGAAUCGUUCAGGGUGCUAAGACUCAUUUACAGGGUGUAUAGAACAGUAAAUCAUGUCGUCUUAGUUUUUGUAGUCUACUCGUAAACUACCAGAACCUUUUGCAGUAUUUCUUUUCUAAAUGCACCAUUUUUAAAAUAAUUGUUUACUCCAUUAAGAUUUUGGUGUGUUCUAUAUAUAUUGCCCUUCAGAAAUAUAUAUAGUAAUUACAAUAUCUUGAUGUAGUUGUACUAUUAAGAGUUAAAUUUUGCAUGAAUUUAUAUAAACCCCCACACAGUUGACAUCUUCACUUAGCUUCUUGUUAUUGCUACAUUCUCUAGACAGUGAAUGAAGUCAGUUGAGUGUUCAUUACAUUGAAUGUUCAGAUACUUCACACUUUAUUUGACUGGAUUUGAAUAUUAUUUAUUGCUCUUUAUAAAAGAGAUUAUUCCCUCAUUGUAUCAUCACAUUUAUUUUUUGUGUAUAGCUCCAUAAAUAGUUUUUAGUCAAAUGCAAACUCCAAAGCAAACAGAUUGAACAUUUUUCUUUGAAUAAAAACUGUUAACCAUCAUACUAAAAAUAGUUACAGUAUUUUAUUCUGUUAGUAACAAGUCGUAUGCAUUUUUAAAUCUUAUAACUCAGUGUUAAAGUAGUGAAAUUUGGUUGUUUCCUUUUCACAAUUUCUUGUUUUUUAUGGUAUAACAAAUUAAAUGUGAAAAGUACUGUUCAACUAUUAUUAAUUUUAUUCGCUUUGGGGUUUUCAGUCAUUGGUUAUAGUCUGCUGUUUCUGCCUUAAUGUGUUGUUGAUUAGGAAAAAUAAUUUAAACAAGUAUUAUAAAGGGUAAUCACUGUUUGUAUUUUCACUCUAAGAUUUUCUGAUGGUUCAAUUAACGGUUUUAUGAUUUCGUGAGAUAUAUUCGUUUAGAAUAUAUGAAUUUUUUCUACCUUUUUGAGUGCAUGGAUCUCUUAUUUUUGUGAUUACAGAAUGACUUAAAAUAUUUAAAGUUUUUGAUCAAUAGCUUAAUUCUCAUACUCCAUUUGGUUUCAUAAGUAUAUAAUUUUGCUUUGCAGUUUUAUUUUCCUUCAAUCAUUGAAGCCAUUUUUGUAUCAUGAGCUUUUUAUUUUGUAAUGUAUGUUCUUUUUAAUUAAUAGUUUCACAACAUCACAGAACUAAUUUUGCUAUUGCCUUUUGUUGGUGAACUGAUAUAAAUCACCUAAUAUAACCCAAUAUAAGUCCAAGAUCAAUUUGUCUCCCUAUACUCUUAGCCGUUUAAUUUUAUGAUGUAAUCAGAUUUUAUUGAGGCAUUAUAGGAGUUAUAAGAACUGCCCUUUUGCAUCGAAUGUACACUUUCUUCCAUCUCUGUUUGUAAUUUAACUAUUAGGCUUUAAAAUGUAUUACAUAGUAGAAUCUAUAUCACGAUGAAUUUGAACUUGUAACCGUUUUAAAUUGUUGUGUUAACACCUCUAUAUAGUCACAUUUAUAACACUGUUGUACUCUUAGGUGAAUUACAGUAAUGUUUUGCUCAACAUUAAGCUUUUAGACCUUAAAGUAACAUGUUACUAAGUAUGUUGUAUUUCAGCCACAUACAAAAUGUGUUACCAAAUAAUUGUUCUAUGAGAUUUAUUUACUCAUUGAUUUAUUAUUUCUUAUGGAAAACAACAGUUUCAGCAGAAUCUUGAUUAUUGUUUCUAUUUGUGAUUUUCUUUUUUAACAAAACGAAACCUUAAUGCUAGUCGUUCACUUUUAUCACUUAUUAUUUAAAAGCAUGUUGCAUGUUUGUUUCAUUUCUAUUUCUAGUUUUGACACCCAGCACAAAAUACUGUUAUUUUUUACCUGUUCCUCACUUUCCUCUUAGAAUUUUCUGGUGAAAUACUCUAUUUUUUUUAACCUUUUUUGUUAAUUCUGCUGUCGACAUGUUUUAAAACCUUAUUUUCUAAUGUUUGGAGAUUGGAAGUAAUUAAUUAAUUUAUAAAUUGCUGGAUUUUUACCUUACAAUGCAUUAAAAGUGUUGCGCAAAA